CAGCCGAUGGCGCAAUCGCAGCUAGACAUGGUACCAAAGGGUGGUGAGAUUUUUUUUUCGCGACCCUUGUUCCGAAAGUGGCAACUAAAAGUAUAUCUGUACGGGGAGACAAAACGAUGCCGUCACAUUCUUGUAUAAAGGAUCACAUCCUGUAGUCUGCUCUUCGACUCUGGGUACUUGACCUCUCGGUGGAUCUAACCCAGUAGUUCGACGUUGAAACCGCAGUUUUAUCGGUAUCAGCAAGCAGCAGAGGCGGUUAAAUAUGGCCGUCGAAACCAAAGUCGCCUCGCCGGCCCAUGACGGAGCUGUCGCGAACCAGGACUACGGCAACAAUGAGAACCACAACAGCGAUAUCGAAAAGGCUCCCUCAUACAACAAUGGCUCGGACCCGAACAAGCCGGAUAUGGAGCCGCAGAUCGGAGUCGGUGGUCGCGGCCACACGCAGCGGCGGCUCAAGAACCACCACGUCACCCUGAUUGGAUUCUGCAGCGGCAUCGGAACCGGACUCUUCAUUGGCACGGGGUCGGCGUACGCAAAGGCUGGCCCGGCCGGUCUGCUCCUUGCGUAUAUCGUUGUCGGUAGCGUGUUGUGGUGUGUGAUGCAGUCUAUUGCUGAGCUCGCUACUGUGUUCCCGAGUGCUGGUUCUUUCCCCCAUUGGGCAACCCGCUUCAUCGAUCCGGCCGUAGGCUUUAGUCUGGCUAUCAGUUAUGGUUAUUGCUACACGAUUGCCAUAGCCAGUGAAGCCUCAGCUGCGGCCGUGCUCGUGAGCUAUUGGACAGAUAUAACUCCGGCUGUUGUCAUCACGAUUAGUUUGGUAUUAAUCCUUGCCAUCAACCUUAUGUCAGUCCGAUGGUUUGGAGAAUCCGAGGUCUUUUGCGGGACCGUCAAGAUAGUGUGCUUCAUCAUGCUCAUCUUCGUUUCGAUCGUCAUCACCUCGGGCGGUGGCCCCAAUCACCAGCCGAUCGGAUUUAAAUACUGGUACGAGCCUGGUGCCUGGGUCGACUUCAACGGAAUUCAGGGCUCCACGGGUCACUUUUUGGGUUUCCUCGCUGCCUUUGUCAACGCUUCCUUCUCGUUCAUUGGUGUCGAGACGGUCGUAAUCACGGCGGCUGAGGCCAAGGAUCCGCAUCAUGCCGUGCCCAAGGCCGCCAAGAACGUCACUUUCCGCAUCGGCUUCUUCUACAUCCUGGGCGCAAUUCUCAUCGGCAUGAUCGUGGACCCGCGCAACCCCGACCUUGUUACAGGUAGCGGCAAUGCAAACAGCUCACCGUGGGUCAUCGCCAUCCAACAGGCCGGCAUAUCGAUCCUCCCGUCCAUCAUCAACGCCUGUGUCCUCGUUUCGGCCUGGUCCGCUGGCAACUCAUACUGCUGGGUCGGUUCGCGCAUGAUAGUGGCCAUGACGACGGACCGCCAGCUUCCACAGAUCUUUGGACGGACCAACAAGGUUGGUGUACCAUACGUUGCAGUCAUCGCGUCCUGGCUGUUUGGCCCCUUGGCGUACCUCUCACUGGGCAGUGGCGGCCCCUCGCAGGCCUUCCAGUGGCUUCUCAAUCUGAGCACCGUGGCUGGUUUGAUUGCUUGGUCGACUCUUUGUUUCUGUUAUAUCCGCUUCCAUGCUGCGCUUAAGGCCCAAGGCGUAGACAGGGACACGCUCCCGUGGAAGUCGCCGUUCCAACCUUUUACGGCUUGGUAUGGUUUCAUCGGUGCCGCCAUCAUUACCCUGGUUGCUGGCUUCGACGUAUUUCUGGACGGGAACUGGGACACGUCGAAUUUCAUCGCGUCGUACAUUGGUAUCCCCAUCUUCAUCAUUCCCAUACUCGUAUGGAAGUUUGUCCACAAAACAAAGUUUGCUCGUGCCAACACCAUUGAUGUGUGGUCAGGUCGUUUACAUGAGACAGACAUGGUGGAAAAGACGGAGCCUCCAACAACCCUCUGGGGACGUUUUAUCCACUGGCUCACCUGAGCUGCUUGUAAUACUACUGCCGCCUUUUUUCAAAAUGUCCUCAACGACAAGAUAAAAGCUGCGGCUCGUUUAUGUGUGUCGUUUAUUGAUCCCCGAUAGAGUGUAGAUAAAAUUUGAUACCCCUUUUCAACAAUUGCACAUUUGGUCUUAUACUUUCAGACGAUCUCGCAAAUCUUCGAUGUUCUGGGGGUUUGCUUUGCAGCAGCCACCCACCAAGAAUGACGUGAAAACGCCUCGGCCUUUUGUAUUGUUGACGAUCUGUGUGAGCUGUACGUCCCAUGGAGUCUGCAGUGCAGCACCUUGCACACCCUGAGGAGCCUCCCAUUUCUUGGUGGUUGUGUUGUAGACCUCCCCGUUUGUCCCGUCAGGAUACAACACCAAGGCCGGAACCUCGGUGAUCACUCCUUUAGCUUUGAGACCCGAGAUGGAAUGCUCAAAGCUCUUAAUCAGGCCCUCAAGCUUGUAGAUCUUGGUACAGUUGAUCCCGAUUCCCCACGGCAUUGCCAAAGCCUUCUUUUCACUGCCCUCCUCAACCCCGCGGCCCGCCAGCAUCGCCUCGACGACCUGCUCGACGCUGCUCCCGUCCGCCAACCUCUCGUCCUCAUGGGGGAAGACGCAGCUGAUCCAAAACUGCGAGGGGAACCGAGAAGAAGUCGUCGAAAAAGCGUCCUGCCGCAGCCGUGUGAUGGCCUCCCGUACAGCCCAGACCUCGGCCAGGUUCGGCACCGUCUCGAAUGCCACGUACGCGCAGCGGCCCGGCACGUCGCCGCCCGCCGCGGCAUACAGCGCCAGGCGGUCAGAGUGCCAGCGGGAAAGGGCGUCGGACGUGGAGUGCUCUGCGUCGUAAGCGCCCGUGUACUCCUGGCCGGGGGUCAUGGCUGCGCCGUAGGGGCCGCAGGCGAGGGCAAGCUCGGCUGGUUUUGGUGACGCUGACGUCCCAUCUGCUGCUGCCGCUGCCGCUUUUUCCGCGAUGUCAACGGCGCGCCGUAGGUACGGCAGCAUGGCGGAGGACGGGGCGAUGCCGUCAGGGUGCUCGGGGGUCUUUGUCCGCGCAAAGGCCUCGACCGAGACCUGGUACGUCGCCGUCAGGAGGACGUCGGCGCCGGCGGCGGCAAAUUCGCGCUGACAGGCCUGCAGGGUCUCUUGGUCCGAGACGAGAAGGUCGGAGGACCAUAGGGGCUUGUCGUGGGUGAAGACGACGCCGAAACGGUCCUCUACUGUGGUCCCGAGGCCACCGUCGAGGAUUUUAAUGUCUGACAUAUUUUGGUACUUUUUAUCGAGUGUCUCUUUUCUUUUCCAAUGCGAUACACUUGCCCAGAGUGUGACGGAGUUUUUGACUUGGUGGUUGGGAAAAGUAGGGUUGGGGUGAAUCGGGAAAU